AUGUCUCCCAAACAGCACGUCCAGGAGCUCGACUCCAAGCCUGAGUUGGAUGCUCAAGAGUACAUCGACACCCCCGACGAGGAGCUCAAGGGGGGCAAGGCCAAGGUCAACAACCAGCUCGACCAGGCCGCCCAGAUCCUCGCCGAUGCCGGCCAUGUCGAGUUCUCCAAGGAGGAGAAGAAGCGCGUGCUCAAAUGGAUCGACUUCUAUGUCUGUCUUCCCAUGUGUAUCGUCUACUGGAUUCAGCAGAUGGACAAGGCGACCGUGACGUACGGUGCCCUCUUCGACCUGCAAACCGCUCUGAAGCUGCACGGCCAGCAGUACGCACUGCUGAGCAGUAUCGUGUACAUUGCGCAGCUCAUCUGCCAGCCUCUGUCGGCUUAUGCGCUUGUCGUCUUCCCCGUCAAGUACUGGGUCUUGGCCAACUACUUCGUCUGGACAGUCUGCACCAUGUGCUGUGCUGCGUGCACCAGCUGGAAGUCUCUGAUGGUCUGCCGCUUCUUCCUCGGCGCCGCCGAGGCGACUAUUCUCCCGUCUUUCGUCAUGAUCACCCAGAUGUGGUGGACUCGCCGUGAGCAGAGCUACCGCACUGUCACCUACCAGAUCGCCAACUCCAUGGCCGCUAUCACGGGCCCGCUGAUCGCCUGGGGUAUCGGCCACGUUACCAAGGGCAUUUACGCCUACCAGGGUAUCUUCCUUGUGGUCGGUGCCGUCGGUGCGUUCUUUAUCCCCAUCGUCGCCUGGCUGCUUCCCAACUCGCCCGUCACCGCGCGCUUCCUCCGCAAGGGCGACGACAGGCUUAUCGCCCUCGACCGCAUUCGCGAGAACAACACCGGUACCAAGUCCAACGUCUGGAAGUGGCACCAGGUCCGUGAGGUCCUCAAGGACCCUAAGACCUACAUCUGGGCUCUCAUCUACCUUACCUCGACUCUCGCCGCGUCCGGUUUCGGCAAGUUUGGUGGUCUGAUUAUUAAGGGUCUCGGCUUCACCAGCUUCAGCGCCACCCUCAUGGGCAUGCCUACUGGUGCCGAGGCCAUGGUUACGCUCGCGAUCGCCAUUUGGGUUACCAACCGCAUUAAGAUGCGCUGGCCCGUUAUUGCGUUCAUCUGUUUCUUCCCUAUCGCCGGCGCCGUCGGUAUCCGCGUGCUUGACCGCUCCAACCUUCCUGGUAUGGUCGCCUCGUACUACGUGACCUUUGUGUACGCCGCCAUCCAGCCCCUGUUCUACGCCUGGGCCAACCUCAACCAGGCCGGCUCGACUAAGCGUGUCGUCAUGUUUGCCAUCAUGUUUGGCGCCCAGUGCCUCGGUAACAUCAUCGGCCCCCUCGUUUGGCUCGACAAGGAAGCGCCCAAGUACUACACUGGUCUCGCUUUUGCCAUUGCCAUGUACUGCGCGCUCUUCUGCCUCGUGGUCGGCCAGGGCUUCUACUUGAAGUACCUCAACAAGAAGCAGCGCGAGCGCCGUAUCGCCAUGGGCCUCCCUGCCGAGCUCCAGGACAUCUCCAUCAUGACCCUCAACGAGGCUACCGCCUACAAGGCCGAGCUCAUGGAGGCCCUGCGUGCCUCGGGCGGAAACAUGGACAUCUUCUCCGAGUCGUUCGACGACUUGACCGACUGGGAGAACCCCAUGUUCAUGUACGUGGUCUAG